CAGUUUGUUCAUUAUUUCGCUGGGGGGAAAGGGAUUUAAAUUAAUAUACUGAAACAGAAAACACACAAAAAGCAUGAAACUGUAUAAAAAUCUUUCUGUCAAAGGUUUUUGAUAAUAUUACUGUCGCGUGUAUGUACAGUUUGUGCGUGACCACACACACACGCGCUCAGUGAGUACGUUGGAACGUGAUGACGUCGCAUGUCUGUAGGUCGACGCAGGGUUAGUGGAGUUGUUUGGGCUGUGAGAGGAGAGAUCCGUAGCUGGCAGUGCUGGGAGGGUUUCAAUUGAUGUUGUUGCUUCUGGGCCGCACGAUUCCGUUGUCAUUCGCCCAGAGUCACUACUUGCUGCCAAUCCUCACUGUCGAGGCUCGUUGUAGCCAGAUCCGUGUUAAUAAAACUCAGAGCGAUAGCCAGCAUUACACACAGCACCGUCUUCGUGAGCUCAAGCAACCAAAAUAUAGGAACCAUGCCCGAAAGGAGGCCCUUCGUACGGCUACCUACUGACGUUUACCCCGUCAACUAUGGUUUGUCUUUGAAGCCUGACCUGAUCGACUUCACGUUUGAAGGCAAGCUGGAGGCUUUGGUGGAGGUUACACAAGCUACAAAUCAGAUUGUGAUGAACUGUGCUGACAUCGACAUCAUCACAGCUUCCUUUGUACCACAGGGAGGAGAAGAAAUUAAUGCGACGGGAUUUAACUACCAAAAUGAGGAUGAGAAAGUCACCCUUUCAUUCCCUAGUGCUCUACAGAAAGGCUUCGGCACAUUGAAGAUCGACUUUGUCGGGGAGCUGAACGACAAAAUGAAAGGAUUCUAUCGAAGUAAAUAUACAUCUCCUACUGGAGAGAUUCGCUAUGCUGCUGUCACACAGUUUGAGGCCACGGAUGCUCGCAGAGCUUUCCCCUGUUGGGAUGAGCCAGCUAUCAAAGCCACCUUUGACAUCACUUUGAUAGUUCCCAAGGACCGAGUAGCCUUGUCAAAUAUGAAUGUCAUUGAUCGAAAGCCACACCCAGAUGAUGAAAACCUUGUCGAAGUCAAGUUUGCCACCACGCCCAUCAUGUCCACAUACCUUGUAGCUUUUGUCAUUGGUGAAUAUGACUAUGUGGAAAGCCAGUCAUCAGAUGGUGUAAUGGUACGCGUCUAUACACCGGUUGGAAAGGCUGAACAAGGGAAAUUUGCCCUGGAGGUUGCAACUAAGACCUUACCUUUCUACAAUGACUACUUCAGCGUUCCUUAUCCGCUGCCUAAAAUUGAUCUCAUAGCUAUUGCUGAUUUCGCUGCUGGUGCCAUGGAGAACUGGGGCCUUGUUACCUACAGGGAGACGGCAUUGCUCAUUGACCCGAAGAACUCCUGCUCAUCCUCCAGGCAGUGGGUGGCACUGGUGGUUGGACAUGAACUUGCCCACCAGUGGUUUGGAAAUUUGGUCACCAUGGAAUGGUGGACCCAUCUGUGGCUCAAUGAGGGGUUUGCAUCCUGGAUUGAGUAUCUGUGUGUGGACCACUGCUUCCCAGAAUAUGACAUCUGGACUCAGUUUGUCUCGGCCGACUACACCCGCGCUCUGGAUCUGGACGCGCUGGACAGCAGCCAUCCCAUAGAGGUGAAUGUGGGCCAUCCAUCAGAGGUCGAUGAAAUCUUUGAUGCCAUCUCCUACAGCAAAGGAGCAUCUGUGAUUCGCAUGUUGCACAACUACAUCGGAGAUGAGGACUUUAGGAAAGGAAUGAACGCCUAUCUUUUGAAGUUCCAACAUAAAAAUGCAUCAACAGAGGACCUAUGGGACUGUUUGGAACAGGCCAGUGGGAAACCCAUUGCUGCAGUGAUGGGCUCAUGGACCAAGCAAAUGGGCUUCCCCAUAAUAGCCGUCGACCAGGAACAGCAAGGUGAUGACUGCGUCCUCAAGAUAUCGCAGAAGAAGUUCUGUGCCAGUGGACCACAUAAUGAAGAAAACUGCCCCAGCUGGAUGGUCCCCAUUAGUAUUUGUACCAGUGAGGACCCCAAAUGCACCAAGCUCAAGGUUCUGCUGGACAGACAGGAGACCACCAUCACUCUGAAUAGUGUUGGCCCAGACCAGUGGAUCAAGAUCAACCCCGGCACUGUGGGCUUCUAUCGCAUCCAGUACAGCUCGUCCAUGCUGGAGAGUUUGCUCCCAGGCAUCAGAGACCUCAGCCUGCAGCCUGUGGACCGACUGGGACUGCAGAAUGACCUCUUCUCCCUUUCUCGUGCAGGGAUGAUCAGCACAGUGGAGGUGCUGAAGCUGAUGGAAGCCUUUGUCAAUGAGCCCAACUACACAGUGUGGAGUGACCUGAGCUGCAACCUGGGAGUGUUGUCUUCUCUGCUGUCCCACACCGACUUCCACGAGGAAAUCCAGGAGUUCAUCCGGGACCUCUUUACUCCCAUUGGCCUCAAGCUCGGCUGGGACAGUAAACCGGGGGAAGGUCACCUGGAUGCUCUGUUGAGAAGCCUGGUUCUGGGGAAACUGGGUAAGGCAGGACACAAACCCACACUGGAAGAGGCCCGGCGGAGAUUCAAGGAUCACGUGGAUGGCAAGCAGGUUUUACCUGCGGACCUGAGAAGUCCGGUGUAUCUAACAGUAUUGAAGCAUGGAGAUAGUGCUACACUGGACACGAUGCUGAAGCUCCACAAGCAAGCAGACAUGCAAGAGGAGAAGAAUCGAAUCGAGCGAGUUCUCGGAGCCAUCUCUGCCCCUGAUCUCAUCCAGAAAGUGCUCAACUUUGCCCUCUCGGAAGACGUUCGUCCCCAGGACACGGUUUCAGUAAUCGGGGGAGUGGCAGGAAGCAGUAAACAAGGACGGAAAGCUGCCUGGAAGUUUGUCAAGGAUAACUGGGAGGAACUUUAUAACCGCUACCAGGGAGGAUUUCUCAUAUCAAGGCUUAUCAAGCUCACAGUCGAUGGAUUUGCUAUUGAUAAAAUGGCUGUGGAAGUCAAGAGUUUCUUUGAGAGUCACCCGGCGCCAGCGGCCGAGCGUACCGUGCAGCAGUGCUGUGAGAACAUCCUCCUCAAUGCCGCCUGGCUUAAGCGUGACGCAGAAGACAUCCACCAGUAUCUACUCCAGCGCAAAGCACCCCCUGUCUGAACUACCAACCCUGUCGCCCCCACUCCCUACCCCCACCCCCAACUACAGACCAGAACGGGAGACCAGAGGGUACUUUGCAGCAGGCUUCAUUUCUCUAAAGAAACUGCAAGAAACAAGAAGACAAAGCCAAGAAUUGAACAGUGUGUUGGAAACACAGACUCUUUUUACGUUAACAAGCAAAAUUCUGUUUAGACAGACCAGGAAUGUAGUUUUAUCCCCAUUCUGCCCAUCAGCAGAUGACCCAUCUGUUAGUCAGCACGCAAGUUUUAAGUCUCGCAAGCACCUCGACCCUCGAAAUGAUCGCCAACCCUGCUAACGGUCACAUGACCAGCCCGUAAACACCCCUUUAUCCACUUUGGCUCGUAGCUGAGAAAACUGUGAACCCUGUCCUCCUCUUUCCUGCUGUCGGCCAUUCUGAAUGCAUGAAGUGUCUGAGGUUUGUUUUUUCUUCUUUUUCCUCCCUGCAUUUGCUGCUUUAAUUAUACCACUUAGUCCUCCUUGCUGUGAUACUUUCCCACAUCCUUGUUUCUCUCACACGUUCCUCCUGGUCUUCCUUCACUUUUGGGCGCUGUGAUUGGGUAAACUAAAAAAACAACCUGGGCAGAAUGGGGUUAAUAACCAUAGUGUGUGUUGUAGUUUCCAACAGCACUGAUUCUACAUUGCUAAUAAAUGGUUAGGACGAGGUGAGCAACGCUAGCAUGGUACUACAUUAUAAAUUGUAUAAUGCAAGCAUUAUUUUAUUUUUAAGUUGUUUUGUUUUUGUUGCCAGUAUUCCUAGCAAAGAAUUAAAUGGAAAGGUUCAUGGAUACCUGUUUCCACUCCCCCAGGAAGAAAAAACAAACAAACCUCAAGCUUGUUUGUGUUGAGCAGAGGUUGUGUAGUUAAAAUCAUCCAGAUUCUUUAUCCUUCUCCCACAAUGAAAUGACGGUCCAGGCGUGUUUUUAUAAAAGCGAUGCAGUUAUAUAUUUAAAUGUUGCGAUAAUCCUGUUAUGUGAGGACAAGGAAAGAAAAAGAUCACAACACUACUUACCGGGGCCUUUUCUUUCUGAAGUAAAAUCCUGAAACGCCUCUCCGUAGGGUUGAGAAUCCAGCAAGACCCAGUUCGGACUUUUGCGGGCACGACACAUCGACGUUGACCCUGCCGUCGACCUCGGAAGCCUUAAACCGGUCGACCGGUUUUGCAGUAAAUAUUCAGCACUGAAGCGGUGAUCAUAGGGGACUUCCUCAUAAACAUCAAAUGGAUCUAAUGUGACAGAUUACACAGACUUGUUGAACGAGUAUAUCUAUUAUAGAAUUUACAAUUUGAUGUGUUUUUUUGGAAACAUACCAACGAGUCGUCUAACCUGUUGUCGAGACCCCGCCCCCUCCCUUGGAACAUUUGUUGUUUUUUGGGGUUUUUUUGUUUUGUUUUGGGGUUUUUGUUAAAAAAUACAGUUGGUGUUCAUUAAAGUGGAAAAGGAUUAUAAAAACUAAUGAUGUGAAAUCAGUACAUGUUGAGUUUUAUGAGUGAGGGGGUGAGUGUACGUAAGAAUAUCAUUUUUAGCUCGUGCAGCUCCUGUUCCUGUUAACCCUAGCCAGUUUUUUCUUUUCUUUCCUAGUUUGAAUUUAUAGUAUUGUAUCAAAUCAAACGCACUGAAUAAUUAAUUUCCUUUUUUGAAAAGGGGGCCGUUUAAAAAGGGGACUGCCUGAAUGUGUGUGCCUGCUCACAAUGUGGCUGAGCAUCUUUCUUGAGCACAACUCAAACAUGUGUCGCUGAAGUCAUUUGUCACAGGAAAUUAAAGAGAAAACAUAUAUACAAAAAUGAAACAUGUCCAGCUUUGGAUGAUCCAGGGAGCUGUCAGUUCACUGGUAACUCAAGCUGAAAUAUGAGAAUUGCUUUCCAAAUUUUACUCAGGUGCUCAGCAAUAGAUCUGCAAAAUCUGAAGCCGGUGGUUUGAACAGAUACUUUUCAACUUACGAGUAAGCUUGUUUCUUAGAAGCAAAUUACAACCAGACAACGAAUGCACACCAACUGCUUAACUCCCUGAAACUAGAUUUAUUAAAGGUUAAUUCUGAUAGAAAGUUAAAAUCACAUUUUGGUUUUUAGUAAAAAAUACCUGUGUUCUCUGAACAUGCAGAUGUUUAAAUUACUCUGAUUGUAGUUGAACAUGAGGAGCAAAUGUAAAUAUACAGUUUAUUAAAGUAACUGGUGUCUGUCCAUUAAGGACAAUGUUCAGGGGCUUUUACAAAAAAAGGCUUUCUGGGAAGCUUAUUGUAGUAACAUUCAUCAUUCAUCAGCAGAGCUUGGUUAUCAUCCAGGCACUAGAAACCUAAAUGACAAAAGGACGUAUGAUGGCAAAGCCGCGAGAUACAGAGGUAGAGCAAUAUGGGAUAGAGACUAGCAGAGUAGAGCCUAUACAUAGCUGUUCUACAUUUUUAUGGCAUUUUAAACUAUAUUAAUAUUGUCUGCAUAUUUUAAGCCCUUUGGCAUCAAGGUUGAAAGGUUGUACACUAUUCAAAAGCACCAGACCUACUGAGUCUCAGUGCAAAGCAUUUUAAGUGUCUUCCACUUACCUAGUCAUAGGGUGAAAGGCAGGGUACACCCCAGACAAGCUGCAACUGCAUCGCAGGGCUGACAGAUAUUUAACCGCUGGUGCUGAUUACUGCACCACUGUACCAGCCUUUUUAUUUGCAAAUUUAUUCUUUCAGUUUUUUUCAGUUUCUUAAAUUUCUAUACUCUCUGUUUUCCAUACUUAUGGCUGUGGGUCAUUAUCCCAUAUAGCAUAAAAGAAAUACACCCUAUGUGUUUAAUAUGUUUAAGGAAAAAGAAUAUAUUGCAUAUGUAUAGCCUUAAAGUGACCUAAAGCACUACCUGAAAUAAAAAUGAGUAAUUUAA